GCGGAAUGAUUCUCGGCUGUGAGAAGACAUCCCUGACCUGAACCUGAUCACGACCUAAUAAACCGCCGCUCACUGACUGGAGCUCAGAUAAGGGCUUGAUCAUGACAGAUGCUGAUGACUUCUGUCCGACAGCAGAAGAUGGAGCUGAGAGCGAUCAGCAGCAUCCUCUCAUUCUCCAGAGAGUCCAGGAAGAACCCAAAAGCUGGCAAACCGCCGUGUCAAACCGGCUCAAAAAGAACUGCUCGUGCACUCCAAAGAAAGCUAAAUCCAAAAUACUUGGUUUCGUCCCGAUUGUAAAAUGGCUGCCUCGCUACCAGCUGAAAGAAUGGAUUCUGGGCGAUCUCAUGUCUGGACUUAUUGUAGGAAUCCUAUUGGUCCCUCAGUCCAUAGCUUACUCCCUAUUGGCCAGUCAGGACCCCAUAUAUGGUCUCUAUACGUCCUUUUUCGCCUCCAUCAUCUACGCACUUUUAGGCACUUCCAGACACAUUUCGGUGGGGAUCUUCGGGGUCCUGUGUUUGCUCGUGGGUCAAGUCGUUGAUAGGGAGUUAGCGUUGGCUGGAUACCUCCCAGAAAACAGCAUCUUAAGUAGCAACGAUAGCUCCAUCCUGCUGGGAAAUAGCAGCUUUGGGAUGGAUUGUGACAGAAGCUGCUAUGCUAUCACCGUCGGAGCAACAGUUACUUUCACAGCUGGAGUUUAUCAGGUGCUGAUGGGUAUUUUCCAGGUGGGCUUCGUCUCCGUCUACCUCUCAGACUCUCUGCUCAGUGGCUUUGCUACCGGAGCGUCUCUGACCAUCCUCACCUCCCAGUUCAAAUACCUUCUGGGUCUGAAGAUCCCUCGUCCUCAGGGCUGGUUCACUCUCUUCAAAACGUGGUACAGCGUGCUCUCCAACCUGCAGAACACCAACGCCUGCGACCUGGUGACCAGUCUGGUGUGUUUGAUGAUCCUGUUACCGACCAAGGAGCUCAACGACCGCUUCAAAGCCAAGCUGAAGGCUCCCAUCCCCUUCGAGCUCUUCGUGGUGGUGAUAGCGACGCUGGCUUCUCAUUUUGGAAACUUCAACACCGACUACGGUUCUGGUGUUGCUGGUACGAUCCCCACUGGUUUCCUCCCUCCUCAGAUGCCUCUUUGGUCUCUGAUCCCAAAUGUCGCCGUCGAUGCUUUCUCCAUCGCCAUCGUUGGAUUCGCCAUCACCGUCUCUCUGUCCGAGAUGUUCGCCAAGAAGCACGGCUACACGGUGGACGCCAACCAGGAGAUGUACGCCAUUGGUUUCUGCAACAUCCUGCCGUCGUUCUUCCGCUGUUUCACCACCAGCGCAGCGCUGACGAAGACGCUGGUGAAGGAGUCGACCGGAUGCCAGACGCAGAUCUCAGGGAUCAUCAGUGCUCUCGUCCUCCUGCUGGUGCUGCUGGUCAUCGCACCGCUCUUCUACUCCCUGCAGAAAUGUGUGUUAGCCGUCAUCAUCCUGGUGAAUCUUCGCGGUGCUUUAAGGAAGUUCCUGGACAUCCCCAGCAUGUGGAGAGUUAACCGCGUGGACACCUCCAUCUGGCUGAUCACCAUGGCCACGUCUGCUCUGGUGAACACCGAGCUGGGUCUCCUGGUGGGCGUUCUGGUGUCGGCUCUGUGUGUUUUGGCCAGAACUCAACAGGCAAAAGUCCUGAAACUCGGCCGGGCAUCGAACCGGGAAUAUUACGAGGAUGUUUCGUCGUACCGCGGCCUUCAAACUCACCCCGGAGUCGCUGUGUUUAGAUACGACGCCCCGAUAUACUACGCUAACCAGAGCUUGUUUAAGAAAUCUUUGUACAAAAGUGCAGGGCUGGAUCCUCUGAAAGAGAAAUCCAGGGUGAUGAAGUUCAAGAAUAAGAAGGAGAAGCAGCAGGACGUCCCGGAUGUGAAGCCAACGCACGAGGAGGAAGCCGGAGUGACGUUAAUGGAGAACAAAUCCUUACGCAGCGUGGUGAUCGACGGCAGCUCCAUUUCCUUUCUGGACACAGCCGGAGUGAACGCGCUGAAAGAAGUCCGCAAAGAUUACGCAGAGCUGGGGGUCAAAGUGGUCCUGGCCCAGUGCAACACCUCAGUGCUGGACUCACUGCAGAGAGGGGGCUACUACCCCAAAACAGAGAGUGAUGGAGGAGAGGAAACGGUGAUCUUCUACACCAUCGAAGACGCCGUCCACUACGUCCAAAACCUCUCGGCUGCAAACGGAGAUCAUGACAGUAAAUGCUAAAAGACGUCCAAAUAUCCAAAUAUCUAUGUUUACAUGUUGUAGAAUUCAAACAACACAAAAUAUAAGGUAGUUGUUGCCUCUGUGCCUUAAAACCAAAGAGCUGAAGUAUAUCACUUGUUUUUUUACAUACCAUUGCAGACAAUCCUUUAUUUAAUACACCUUUAGCAUGCUGAAUGCUGAAACAAGUCUUCCUCAUGGAUAUUAAACUAUUUUCUGCAAACUGACACCCACAUUAGUAAGUAACA